CUGGACAUCUAGUGAGAGUGUGCAUUAUCCUCUGCCAUGGCCUCGGUGUCCUCGUCCAGCCGCAGAUCUUCUUCGUCGUACCGCUCGUCUUCUCGUUACAGCACCUCCAGCUCCUACCGGUCUGAGGGAUCUUUGGGAGGAUUGUCCGACUCUUUGGAUCCAAUCUACGAGCCGUUUCUCGACUCUGCUGAUGGCUCCAGUCUGUUUGGAGAGGAGAGCAGCGGGGGUCCCGUCUGUUCGACCCCCUUUGGAAGCAGACUCAGCAGCAGAUCCUCUUACGGACACACUGCUCCUGUAGGGGGCGCUGUGACGGGGACAGGUGGAGCGGUGCGUUGCCUGGGCGACUGCUACUUCCUGUCAGCUGACCUGCGACAGUUUGAGCCGCACGACAUCGCCGUGAUGGCCUUCAACCACCAUGUUGUCAUCCAUGCCCAGAAGGUGCUGGAUGAUGGCAGCGUCAGCAACACAUUUACCCAUAAGUCCCUGUUUCCCGAGGACAUGGACCCCCUGUCUGUCAGCGCGACCUUUAACCCCGACGGCUCCCUGCUGGUGAGCGUCCGCCGGACCCUGGAGCCUCUGGGGGUCAAAAACUACCGCAGUGAAGCUCACCUUUGACCCCAUAACGCUCUCAGAUACGACAGCUUUAAUUAUAGUAUUUAAUGAUCACUGGUAAAGCUUUUAAAGGCAUUCAGACUGUGGAUAUCUCAUUCACACUACCGCUAAUACACCACUGUAUAUAUAGUAAUACACAUGUUAUAUACUGUAGUAUCAUGUGCACAUUUUUACUUCUUAUGUGUGUAUAAAUAUUUUUUGGGCUGGCAUUUGUACAAUUACAGCUCUGUGUGUUGUUUCAAACUGAGUUUUAUCAAAUAAAAUAAUAAAAUCAAUA